AUGGUUGGAAGUGCUUCUUUGGGAUUCUCCGAGCUUGUUGCUAUAGGAGCUCGCGUUGAAUACGGCGUAAGGAAUGGCAAACUGGCGGCUGUAGCUGGAACUUCAAAUGCUAAUCCAAAGAAGUUCUCUAGAGGGUUUCCUAGAAAGAAGGAAGGGGAAACAAAUGUUGUGACUGCUGGUCAAGGAAGAGCUCCUCCAAGAAGGAGACCACAACAAUACUCACCUCAGCAGUAUGUUCAACAACCAAUUCCCUAUCAGCAACCCAUGUAUCCGGUCCAAUACGCUCCUCAGCCGUACGUAGCCGCUGUGACACCUGCAUUCAAUCAACAGCCUGCUCAGGCUUAUCAAGCGCCUCCAGCUUAUCGACCAGCGCCGGUUCAACCACGUGCCGCGGCUCCUCCAGCUUAUCAACAAGCACCAGCAGCUCCUGUUUAUCAACAACCGAGAGCUCAAGCGCCGAGGCAGAAUGCUCAAAACCAGAAUAGAAGGCAAGGGGAAAGGGUGACCUUCAAUCCAAUCACAAUGUCAUACACUGAGUUGUAUCCCUCCCUAUUGCAAAAGGGGUUGGUGGUUCCCAGACCUUUGGGACCUCCACCUGAUCGUCUUCCUCCAUGGUACAACCCUAAUGCACACUGUCCUUUUCAUGAGGGUGCCCCCGAGCAUGACCUAGAGGGUUGCUACGCUCUAAAGCAUAGGGUUCGGGAAUUGAUUGAGAGCAAGAUCUUGUCUUUUAAGGACAUGGGACCGAAUGUGAAGAGCAAUCCUCUUCCUCCCCAUGGAGAUCCUGCGGUGAACGCCAUUGAAGAUGCAUCUACUGUUGUUAUGGUUGAGAAGGUGGAUGAUGUAAAGACUCCUUUGGCAGCAUUCCAUGCCCGAUUGGUGGAAGUUGGCCUGGUUAAUGUAAAUCAUGAAAAUUGUGAAGAGUGUGCCACACAUCCAAAAGGGUGUCAGAUGGUGCGAGAUAAUAUUCAAGGCUUGAUGGAUGAAGGAAUGCUUCAAAUAUCUAGUGUUAUGAAGAACGAGGAUGUGUUGGUGAUUGAACCUUGUUUCAAUUUACCUGAACCAGUCGAAAUCCCAUAUUAUAGUGGUGGAGUGGUCCCGGUGAACAGUAAGCCAUCGCCUGUCGAGAUAUGUAUGCCCACGCCUUUUCCCUACGAGAGCACCAAGGCUAUGCCUUGGAAAUAUGAGAUUACUGCUGUGGAUAAGGUUGUUGAAGGAAGUUCAGACGCUGAGGUGAUAGAAGUUGUAAGUGAAGACGUCACAAAUAUUGCAGGAAUGAGUAGAAUGACUCGUAGUGGUCGAAUCUAUACGCCUGAAUUCAAUGUGACUCCUCAAAGGCCGACCAAGGAAUCAACAGUUGUAACUCCUGCUAAAGAACCCGAAGUGGUCCAAUCCGAAGAUGCUGUUGAAUUCUUGAAGUUAAUCAAAAGAAGUGACUACAAAGUGGUGGAUCAGUUGCAUCAAACACCAUCUAAGAUCUCUAUUCUGUCUCUGCUACUGGACCCCUAA